AUGGAAAAUAAGCCAUGUUUUUCUGCAUUUAUACCUCUUUGGUAUGCAUUAAACCUCGAAAAUGAUUUUAUGGCCACCAAUUAUAUUGGAAGUGCAGCUAUAUUUUUUUUGGAGUGUUCACCAACCCUGCAAGGUCUCUACUGCCACCCAUCAAAGGGCGUCACUCUAAUUGACGGGCGUGGAAAUGACUCUUGCAGGUUAUUUCAUGCAGCCUUUUUCCCUAAAACAGCAAUUACAUUAGAAAUGAUGCUUUUGCCUUGUUGUUAUGCUGCAAAAUUUGCCAAGCCAUUCUUGAAGGAAGAAGCGCAAGCUGUUUACUCUUUCAUCAUUUUUCCUCUACUUAUCAACUAUUCGGCAUAUUUUAAUGACUCCGAAGCAGUUUCAAAUUUUCAGCUAGGAAAAGCAAAAACGCAUUCGACUUCCAAAAAUGAUCCAAAAUGGUUAGGUGCAUAUAUAUUAUGGAUUAUACCGCUCUCUAGAAAUUGUCAUCUUCCAUGUUGA